GCCAGUUGACGGAUCAAAACCAGAGCUCCUUAGCCAGAAGGAACAUAGAACGCGAUUGUAGAAGGCGGAGCACGGAAACCAGCCAAGGGUGAUAAUUUACAUAUAGUCAAACCAUCCGCUCUGCGAAUCUUCUGAUUUACGGUCAGCCCUUGGAUGACGGGUUCGCGGUUUCGACAGAAACUUGGUUCUGCUGCGAUAAUUAUCCAGGAGCCGAAUGCCCGGCAAUGCCUAGAUCGUCAUGUCCUCCCCAAGAUCGAACCCAGACACCAUCGACUGGUCAAGUCCCCUUGCGCCCUUCUCGACACCUCGCUUGGUAACCGGAAGCAGCCGAAAAUGCAUUUUGACGCCUGGGACAACACCUCCCAAUCUGCUUUCCGCCAACCAAGGCACCCAGCCCGUGUCCGAAAACGAGAACCAGCAGUCGAAGCAGUGCUCAGGCCGCGGAGAAACCUGGCGUACAGAUAUAGAAAGACAACGUCUUGCUGAGAUGCUGCGCCUCGGCCUCGACAAAUCGCCGUCCGAAAUAGUAAUGAAGGGAGAAACUGCCGCUGAUCAGUCCAGUGUCGAUACCCCGAGCAUGGCGAUUGUUCCACCCGGACAGCACGACAUUGGUGAUGAACAGCCCCAAGAUGGGAUGAAAGCACACUCGCCAUGGUUGAGAACUCCUGUCCGCCGGUGGUCAAUCUGCUCUGGAAAGGAUGGAAACCGGUUGCCGGCAAGCGUUUCCGCUUUGCAACCCGCCCAUCCUUCCACUAGCACCAUGGGCUCUAAGACCCAAUCUCAAAACCGCUCCUGCUUUCCCUUUCCUCGAACCUCGAAUCCCAGCCAAGCGCCAAGCGCUUCGCAUCGGACUCCUCAGACUUCCAACUCGCUCUCCUCAAUUUUCGAUCCAUAUUCUCAACGAUUUCCGGUCAAGCUUUGGCAAGCCCCAUUCUCACCUUGGGCGAUUCAUCCCAACCGGGAAACACAAAACAACAACAACAUCAACAACCGUGACCCUUUUGGUCUUUGGACCUCCGAAGUGCAGGGAACACAUAACUCUACGCCAAACCAGGCUCCCAACGGCGACAAACCAGCAGCUAUGGCGCGUCAGAUACCGACUUGGGCCGGCCGUCACCCGAACGCGCAGGAUCCAUUCUCUGCGCUGAUUUCCCCGGCCUCUAACCGGCUGCCUCUUACCCCUUGGUCGCUCGACCCCAUGCAAAGCACUGCUAAUCCGCCCUCUGCUGACAACCUCCACCCGGAUGGCUCGUCAUUCGACUCGUCAACCUUCCUUCUGUCCCAGACAUUGCCCCCAUCAUCGCUGGGCCACCAAGAAGACCGGACGCUCUCGACCAGCCUCGACGGUCCCUCGACCUGGAGUGCCGCUCAGCUUGGUCCGGCCGGCGGUUCAGCCAGCACAGGCCGCGACCUAGCCUCGCCAGACAUCAAGAGCGCGUUCGACAACGCCACGUUUUACCAUCCGAUGAACCGUCGGUCACCCAAUCACCCACGCACCCAGGAUGAAAUCCACGCCUUGCUUUUGAGGGGCUUCUCGCCAAACUACCGCGGGGACCCAGAGCUCGCGCGCAACCAAUCCGCCACGAUCCCUCCCGAGGCAAACUGCAGCCUUUUUCUUGUCGGUCUAGCCCCGGACCUGACUACCCACGAACUUCUCUCGGGCAUCCGGAACAUGGGACGGGUCUACGCGACCCACAUCAACCCUCCCGAUCCCGAGAGAGGCCACACCCACAGCGCCGCAAAGUUGAUCUUUUUCGAGCGUGCUGGCGCCGGCAAGUCUUCCCUCGCUCCCGUUCGCCACCUACCUCCCAGCGCGCACCACGCACGAGAGAAACUGACCGCCGCUCUUAUACGCACAGAACGAUUCUUCUCCCGGUACUCCCCGACGGGAUACGCCACCCCGCGGAACCCGCACCUGCGCGCCCGCGUCACCUGGAACCGGGUGCGCUCGGCCGAGGCCGACGUCAACGGAAGCCGCUCGCGCGUGCUGCUGGUUAGCGGGCCGCCAAGCAUCGUCAACCGGGACUUUCUGUUCUCCUACCUGGGCACCAAGAUGGUGUACCAGGUCGACGACGUCCUCUACCACGGCCAGAACGAGGACGGCAGUCGCGUCCUGCUCGAGAUCCGCUUCGGCAGCUUCCGGUGCCAAGCCGAGGCCGCCCGCAUGGCCUUGAUGAGGGAGUUCCGCGACGCCGGCGUCAUAUGUGACUACGGUAAGCCGUCCUGGGCGCUCUGUGUUUAUGAUAGCACCGCUGGCCUCUCUCUUUGGAUUUCUUGAUCUGUCUGAUCUGACGACAUAGCAGGUUUGGACCCCUGUGACCUCGACGGCGCCGCCAUCCCUUAAGAACCCGAAGUGUCAAUUUAGAAACAAAAAAAACCUUUCAAAAGAAU